CCGAUGUUCGAAAAAACCCUCUCCACUGCCUUCACGCGUCUCCCGAAUUUAAAGUUGGCGCAUGCGCGCUGCAAUACAAGGGAUUUCUCGACCACUCUACUCCCUGCGGAACUAAGAAAACACUUGACUUUUUAUCCAAAUUUUUUCUCCGGCACUGAACAGCGCGUUCUACUAGAGGCUGCUCUGCAUAAACUUGACGGGAUGGAGAGCGGUAAUCACCGCAGAAAAAGAAAGGCACUACUACGAGGCACUACUCCUCGAUCCUUCCCCACUGCAUCGAAUCCUCUUCAGGAUUUGUUUCUUCCUGACAAUUACUAUGAAUUCCAACAAGGUCACUACGACGGAGUCAUCAAAAAUUAUCGAGAAAUGCACGUUUCGUCAUGGCCUGAUGUGUUUCCUGCGCUUCCGCCUGCGCUUGAGCGUCUCCACUCCCUCAUGCCAUCACAAGAUACGCAAACACACAUCUUGCAUCUCGCGUCUGAUGGUGAGAUCCAACCACACGUGGACAACAUUUCUGCCAGUGGGUCAUGGAUUCUUGGCUGCAGUUUGGGGGCCGAGAGAGUGCUACGACUUGAAAAUGAUCACGGCGACAUCUUUAGUGUCCCGCUACCGUCUGGUAGCGUUUAUAUCCAACGUGACGACUUGAGAUUCAACUUCAAGCAUUCCAUCCUAUUGGGUGAAGGGGGGCAGCGACUCAGCAUCAUGAUACGUGAUCGGCUACCUAAAUGA